GAGGCAGCAGGCAGCGGUGGAGGAAAUGGGCUCACACCUCUGAAUCACAAGUCAAAGCUUCCUCCAGUCGCUCACACCUCUGAAUUACAUCUCAGCACCAGUCAGGCAUCUCUGAGCCCCGGGACGACUUAUUUUUUGGAGGGUUUUGUUUUUCUUGUGGUGCUCUUUAGACUGGUAGACUGAAGCUAUCGAAAAGCCGGAGCGGGAAGGUUUACAGUUGCAUUCCAACGCUCAGCCCUCUGUCGCUUCACCUGCACGGCCGGGGAACAGGUCUGCUCCAAUAAAACAAUGCAUCCGGAGAAGUGCUUACCUGAACUGGUAGCCGAGAAGAACGGCUUGGACCCUACAUAUGUGCAUGCGGUGCGUCUGCUUGCAGAAGAGAUUGAAAAGUAUGAAGGUGAUGAAUCGAGAAAAGAUGGCAACACUAACAAAUACCUAGAUAUCAUCAGCAAUAAAAAUAUCAAGCUCUCAGAAAGAGUUCUCAUUCCAAUCCAACAGUAUCCGAAGUUUAAUUUUGUGGGAAAGUUGCUGGGACCACGGGGAAAUUCCAUGAAACGUCUACAGGAGGAGACGGGAGUCAAGAUGUCAAUCCUCGGCAAAGGGUCUAUGAGGGAUAAAGGCAAGGAAGAAGAAUUAAGGAAAAGCGGGGAGGCCAAAUACGCCCAUCUGAGUAAUGAUCUACACGUUUUAAUUGAAGUCUUUGCUCCACCUGGAGAGGCCUAUUCGCGCAUGAGUCACGCCUUGGAGGAGAUAAAAAAAUUCCUUGUUCCAGACUACAAUGACGAGAUCAGACAGGAGCAGCUGAGAGAGCUCUCCCUGCUGAACGGCUCCGAAGAGUCGAGCCGAGGCAGGAGUGCGCAAGUGAGGACGGCACGACCAGCAGCCACCAUAUCCACAGGGGGCCACAGAGGCACAGGGAGGAGUGCAGCAGCACCUCGGGGGACAGCAGCAGCAGCAGCAGCAACGCACGGCAAACUACCCACGACUGUUCUCACGAGGGACGUACAAGCUCAGAGAGCCAGGGGGGCAGCAGGGAGUGCAGGAUACAGACCCCCGCUGUUAGCAGUCACACAUGAAUCAUACGACGACUAUGGCUACGACGAUGGGUACGGUGGAGAAUAUGACGAGGAGAGUUACGAAGCCUACGAGGACAACUACAGCAAUCAGUCAAAGAGCAUCUCAGAAUAUUAUGAAUAUGGACAUGGCAACAGUGAUGAAUCCUAUAACAACUAUGAGGAGGAGUGGGGGACUUCCCGUCCCAGUCACAAAGCCCCAGUUUUACGGCUGACAAGAGGGGGCUACAGAAAACAUCCCUAUGGUAGAUACUGAAGGUGCUCCAGAUAUGUGACCUCCUAUUUAAAACUUUUUAUAUUUUUUUUAAAUUCCUCAUAAAAUGUUCAAAUGUUUCCUGUUUUUGUUUGUCUCCUUUGGACACAAACCCCAUUAAGCACAAAAUCCUGAAGUGUAACACAUAUUGAAGUAUUCAGUUUGAGUCUUUCUUUUUCAUAAAUCCAGAGAGGUAAAAGAGAGACAUUCACCCAUGUAGAGGAAGGUUGUAUUUAGAAUUGGCUUUUAAAAUAACCUUCAUUCCCCGCCUGCCCCCACCCACUCCUAAAAAGCAUAAUACAAAUACCAAGAAAUACAGCAAAGUAUUAUGAAAAAUAGUUUCUAUUCAUUGCCUUUAGUGCAGUUAAUAUUAAGGUUCAGUAGCCAACGCCUGCAAUACCAGGCAACCAAUAUCUGUGCCUUUUAAGGUGCUCAUAUUACUCAGACAUAAUGUAUUUGUUCCUAUGCGUCAACGCCAAUAAACACAGCAUUUAAGGUAGACUAGAAUUUUGAAAAGUAUGUGAAACAUCCCAUGUCCAUUGUCUUCCACUAUGACACAUUACAAGGUGCAAAAGUAUUUUGGUAAAGAAAAGUGGCGUACACAUUGGCUGAGGUAAUUGUGGGUCACCCAAAAUGAGUGUAAAGACGGGAUGGUCUGAAACCAGGAACGGCUGCAAAUCAAACGUACCCUCAAAUUUCAAAUGAGCUUUUUUUCAACGUGCAUCACCUUCCUCCACAGUUCACUGAUUGGUCUGGCUAUGGGCUCAGUCUGGUUUAAGUGGAUCUCUUCCUGACUCAUACCCUAAAGCAAAACUUUCCGACACGCUUCUACCAGAUUCUUUUCCAUAAAAUGUGUUAAUUGUUUGGCUUGUUGGAAAAUAAAUCAAAAGCAGUUCUGUGGUUAAUUUGUCUUUUGAAGCGCCGGCAGAUAAAGCGUUUGUCUGCAGAAGCUUCACUUCCUGUUUUGAUUCCAGCUGUGGCUUUAACUUUUCAUCUUUUUUAUGGUGACAAACAGAGAAACACAAAUCGCUCUGAGCACAAAUGACCUGACAAACAACUCCAUUAAAGGCAACAGAUGGAAACCAAACAUUGUCCAGAAUUGAAGACCUGUAUGCAAGUGACUAAAUGACCUGGACUUAUAUUAUAAAAUGUUUUCCAUAAAUCUAAAUCCCACUUCAAGUUUCCCCCCUAACUGAUAGUGAUAUGAACCUCAGAGGACUUCAUGUUAGAAAUGAGUUGAUACGACUAAAGUUAGCCUAAGUUAUAUUGUGAAUUUCAAUGAUAUGUGUGAGAUCGUAAUCGUGCAAGACCUUUCUUUUGUUUGGCUUGAGAGCAAACAGCAAUGUACAGUGUGUCAUUUCUAAUGCGUGCUUUGUUCUGUGUGUAACCUGUAUUUGUACAUAAGGCAUUUAAUAAAAACAACAUAAACCUCCA